AUCAGUUAUGCUCCUUUUGACCAGAGUCUUGGGACCAGAGUCCAGCUCCAGUCUCCUUACCAGUUUCCUGUGCACACCACAGCUCUGUAUAAGGGAAUUAUACAACUGCUGCUAUACUUCACUUGGGUCUGGGUUGGCCUGGUGGUUCCAGAUGAUACAAGGGGAGAACUCUUCAUUAUGGAAUUUACAGAAGAGAUGAUCAACCACAGACUUUGUGUUGCAUUUGCAAUAAGGAGUCCACAAUUUCCUUUUGAGGACCAAGGAAAGUGGGAAAUGUUUUGUGAAAAAAUCCCAUUGGCACCGGUUAUCAUUGCAGUUGGUGACACAUAUGAUAUAAUCUGGAUUGUCUAUAUUAUCGUAUUGUAUGUUCCUUAUGGUAAGAUCUGGAUCACAAAUUCUGAUUGGUAUACCAUAUUACCUUCUCAACUAAAUUUCAUUUAUAAAUACUUUGCUGGAGGAUUAUUAUUUUUGCAUCACAUGGAUAAAAUUCUGGGAUUCAAGGAUUUUCUCAGAAGUCUUCAACCUAGAAAAUACCCUCAUAAUAUCUUUAUCCAGGAUAUGUGGUCGAUCUUAUUUGAAUGUCCAUAUUUGUAUCGGCACAAAGUCAGGGAACUAAGUCAAUGUGAGCCAAAUGGCAGCCUGAGCACACGACCUCUGCAUGUUUGGGAUAUGAAUACCUCACCCUAUAGCUACAAAGUCCANNCUGCNGUGUAUGNCAUUGCCCAGGCACUCCAUGAGGAGCUGUCAGUCAGAGUGGAAGGAGAUUCAUUGGAUAAAGGUGUACUCCAGGCUCCUCUCCCAUGGAAGCUCCAUCCAUUCUUACAAAAUGGCCAGUUUGUGAGAAGCUCCAAUGAGGAGAACAUUGUGAACAAGGAGGUUUCGGCAACCAAGCUUGACAUCUUUAAUUACCAGUCUCUGCAGAGCAGUACCACAGCUCAUGUGAAGGUUGGCCAGUUUGUCUUCGAAUCUCAUGGUGUUCAGUAUUUGUCCCUAAAUGAAGAACUUAUAAGUUGGGGUGAACACCAUCAG